AUGUCUCAUCCACAAAAUAAAGACAAACGAGGUCGCGGCCGUGGCCAAGGCCAAAGCCGCGACGUCCAAGUGUCCAAGGCAUUGAGCUUGCUCCUACGGCAUGCCGCCGAGAAGGAAGGCCUGAAGAUGAAUGCACAAGGCUACGCAAGCGUGCCCGAUGUGCUAAACUGGAGAAAACUGAAAUCACUGAAAGUCACCUUCCCCGAAAUUCUCCACGCCGUCGAGACAUCAGAUAAAAAGCGCUUCGGUCUCCUCCACAUCCCCUCCUCCCAACCCACCGAAUCUACAACCCAGCCAACAGCAGCAACAUCCGAGAUAGAACGCCAAGCCAGCACCGUCGUAGAAAACGAACAGCCCGUAAUCUCGGUCCGGGACUCCGGAUCCGCCACGAGCGAGGCCCAACAAACAGCCACCGACCUUGCAUUAUCCGUAAAGGACACCAAUCCCGCCAACUUCCUCAUUCGUGCCACACAAGGCCACAGCAUCAAGACCGUCGAUGCUGCAUCCUUGCUCGAACCGCUUUCUCUAUCCGAUGAAGCGAACAUACCCGAUACCGUUGUUCACGGCACCUUCCACUCGACUUGGCCGUUGAUUCUACAGUCUGGUGGACUACGUUGUAUGGGCCGGAACCAUAUCCACUUCGCUACGGGGCCGUCGCUGGAGUCCGUGUUGGCACUUCGCAAUCAGGAUGCGCAGGGAACAUCAAAAAUGGAUAAGUCGAAGGUUAUCUCGGGCAUGCGACACGAUGCACAGGUUUUGAUCUACAUUGAUGUUCGCAAGGCGUUAGCCGCGGGGGUUCCGUUUUGGCGCAGUGAGAACGGGGUUAUCCUUAGUGAGGGCGUUGUUGUUGUGAAGGAUGGGGAGGCUGAGAAGGUGGAGGUUGAGAAGGAGGCGCAGAAGUUCGUUUCGUUGGACUUUUUCCAUGUCGUCGUAGAGAGGAAGGUUGGACUGGGCAAGAUUUGGGAGCGUGGGGAAUUGCUGCAGGAGUUACCAGUGCAUCUGACCUCGAGAGGUAAUCCCAAGGGUCAUCUCAAGGGUCCACGAUGA